AAGGCAAUGUUCCCAAACUUAAAAAAUGUUGCCAUAUCCAUGCUUCCUUGUUUUCGGAGUGCAUGCUGAGAGAGGAAGACGAUUUAAUACUACCAAUUUACCUUUCGAAACGUGCUAUGUAACUUGUUUGAUGACUUGAACAUACAUCAUGGUGCCGUCAAGAGAUGUAUAAAUGAAUGAACAUGACAUUUUUUUUUAUUUCGCGCUACUUUCGAUUUGUCCUAUUUUAGUAUCUUUAUUCUUGGUAUCUGAAGAUAAUUUCACAAACUGUUAUACAUCAGUUAACUAUUUGAUUUCAGCGAAAUGGAGAUUUUAUUGUAUAAAACUUCGUCAUUUGUUUUUUUCAAAAUAUUCGAUAGAUAUUGAUCGUGCUGCAUGAACUUUUAACUCGAUAGAGUCGUCUGCUCUAGUGUGAGCAGAACAUGCGGCGAUCGGACUAUGCGUUUUGUGUUGGUUGAUUAUUUUUAGGGCGACUCAGUGAUUUUUACAUUAAUUUUAAAGUUUUGAAACAUGAACCAGCUGUUUAUUCGGUCGGACAAAGGGGAGUAUCUUCCAGGAGAGUUUGUUUGUGGCGCUGUGUACCUGGACAUUAAUGCUCCAACAGAAGGCCAUGGCGUGCAGGUAUCUUUCCAAGGAGAGGAAUCAGUGUGUUGUGAGUUACAAGUGAAUGGACUGAGGACGAACGUGCAGGCUAAACAAGAGUAUGUGGAUUACUGUCACACUGAUCUCUUCACACAAAAUGAGCCCUUUGCCUGUGGCAGUUACUGCUUCCCAUUCAGAUUACGGCUACCACACCAGAUUCCAGGGACUUUUAAGACCACCUGCAUUGAAACAUCUUUUGCAUGGUCAGCCUGUGUGAUGUAUCAGCUGCAUGCUAACAUUGCAGGUGCAGAGACUAUGAAGGUUUCACAAGAUAUUGUGGUGACUGCUGUGACACCAGAGAAUCUACGAGACAAUCAUUUGACAAGAGCACAUGAAAUUGUUUUUGUGCCAUCAAGAAGACUAUUUGGUCAGAAGAUGCAUGUCACACUUAAACUGAUAAAGAACUUUCUUAAAACUGGAGAAAAUUUGCGGCUUCGUAUGAUUUUCACUCAUGGCAAUCAGACAGCGAUACAUGGCUUCUCAAUGAAGCUGCUUCAGACUCUGACACUGACAGUCCCAUCAAAAUCCAAGAUAAAGGAGGUACCAGGUGUGGCCGAUAAGAAAGUGACAGUCAUAAGAGAAGUUGCUGGUAUGAUGCCAUCAGGAGCCUAUAAUGUUGGAAAUUGGCAUGGUGUGGACAACCUCAUGAUACCCCUGAAGACUGAACAUGGACAAAAUAUUUUGCCCAGCGUCCAUGGAAAGUUUAUCAAGUGUGAGUACAGCUUGGAGGUGGGUCUUAACAUGGGCAAAUAUGUGAAGACAAUCAUUUGCCCCAUUCCAGGUGUGUUACCAGAGUGCAACACUGAGUGGCUGUCAUGGGAACCUCAUCCUUGGUUCCAAAAUGCUGAAAUUAAAUUGGGAACAAGUCCCAUCACCCCAACAGAACACAUCCUGGAAAGUGGACCUUUUUCACGUUUGCCCAGAUUCCAGGAUCUGUAACAUUUGGGCACCAGCAGAGAUUACCUUAAAACCUAUAGGUUGAUAUAACAGCAAGUUAUAUGCAAUUUGUACAGCAGGAAACUGUAAACCCUCUGCAAUGAAGUUAGUCUUUUCAAUUUUGAAAUGUUGGUACAUGAGGAAGAUGUAAUAUGACUGAUCUUGAAUCUUUAUUGUUACACGUUUGUAACUGUUACAUGUUUAAAUCCAGUGAAACCGUUUGUGUUUUUAUUUAAGUAAAGUCACAGCAUGUAUAAAAGAGGGGAAUGUUUAAAGGAGAGAGUACAUGACUAUUAGUUGUCCACAGACUCAUUGUUUUUCCCCAAAUGUGCAAGUAGAAUGGCAGAUUUACAAAGGGAUACAUGGGAAUUUUAUUAAUAAUUCUUGUGCUCUGUUUGUUUUGACUUUAUGAUCAAAUUGUAAUAUAGUUUUUUCCAUGGAAGACAUGACAUAAUGACAUAUAAAAUGAAAGUGAAAAUAUUGCAGAGAGCAUUUUCUUUGUUGACCUGCUAAUACUCAUCUUCCGAUUCUAGGUACAACUUUAACUACUUUCACAAUUUAGCUAUGAAAGUAUAUCAU